AUGUAUUUCAGGUUGUGCCAACAGCUCCAACAACUCGCCGCUCACGUCGUCUAUUGGAUGGAUAAGGAGCGUGAACGCCGACAUCGAGAUGCAUUGGAUACGAGGAUCAUUGAUCUGGACGAUGCUGAUCUGCGUGACGUUGAUCCGAAUGGCGUUGACAUGAACGAUUUCGGCAUGGACGACGUUGACAUGUAUGAUAUUGAUAUGGACGACGACACGGAUGACGAAACGGACGACAUCGAGAUGAUCGACGCCGACUCAAAUUGA